AUGUUCAAAUCAGCAUCAUCCCUCUUGGUCAAGUCUGGAGUAAGAAACUACAGUACCACCAAAGCACCAUUAAGAGUUGCCAUUACUGGUGCCUCUGGUCAAAUUGGAUACCAACUUCUCUUUAGAAUUGCUAGUGGUGAAAUGUUGGGCAAGGACCAACCAAUCAUUCUCCAAUGUUUGGAAUUACCACAAGCCUUGAACGCCUUGAAGGGUGUUUCUAUGGAGCUCGACGAUUGUGCCUUCCCAUUGUUAAAGGGAAUCGUCCAAACCGACGACCCAAACCGUGCCUUUGCCGGUGCUGAUUACGCCCUCCUCGUUGGUGCCAAGCCACGUAGCAAGGGUAUGGAACGUGGUCAACUCUUGGAAGCCAACGCUCAAAUCUUUUCCGCUCAAGGCAAGGCCCUCAACAACAACGCCAACCGUGACACCCUCCGUGUCCUCGUCGUCGGUAACCCAGCCAACACCAACGCCCUCAUUGCCGCCCGUAACGCCCCCAACAUUGAUCCAAAGCGUUUCACCGCCAUGACCCGUCUCGAUCACAACCGUGGUCUCGCCCAACUCGCCGACAAGACUGGUUGCGGUGUCACUGACAUUCAAAAGUUCUGUAUCUGGGGUAACCACUCUGCCACUCAAUACCCAGACAUUACCCACACCACCAUCAAGGGUAGCCCAAUCAAAAACUAUGUCGACGAUGCCGUCUGGGUCAAGGACAACUUUAUCCCAACCGUUCAACAACGUGGUGCCGCCAUCAUCAACGCCCGUGGUGCCUCUUCUGCUGCCUCUGCUGCCUCUGCUGCCAUCGAUCACAUGCGUGACUGGACCUUUGGUACCAACGGCCAAUGGCAAAGCAUGGGUGUCUACUCUGACGGUUCAUACGGUGCCGACAAGGGUCUCUACUUUUCAUUCCCAGUCAUCUGCAAGAAUGGCAACUAUGAAAUCGUCCAAGGUCUCCAAUUGGAUGCUUUCUCCAAGGAUAGAUUCGAUGUUACCCGUAAGGAACUCUUAUCUGAAAUGGAUGCCAUUAAGCACCUCCUCUAA